AUGCUCUGCAUGCUCUACAUUGAGGGAUCCCUCGCUUCAGGAUGGCCAUCCCUGUCCCUCCCCGAUCCAGGAAGCAGCCACACGUCGGCAGACGCAGUGAGUACCCGAGAAGGAAUAGGCGAUGGUCCUAGGGCAUCCCACGUGGCAGAGAGGGGGCAGAGAGAUCGUGAGAUGACUGGUGUGCACUCUCUUCCCCACACGCUGCUGUCUGGGGUCGGCCGCAUGCUUUACUGUCAUAGUUUCGAGACGAGGGCACUAACCAACCAUUUCAGCGGAAGGGCUGGAUUCUUGUUAAUAUGGUUAUUAUUCCGACCGCAAAUACGAGGGCCUCCCCAAACUAUCACCAGCGCUAUCGGCACGCAAGGGGGGGGCCAGGCCGUGAUGGCCCUGGUAGACUUUUCUCUUCAGGUCCGUGGCUAA